GGCCCUAGGCAUGUAUCUACACAUGGCUCGCACAUGAAGAACGUGACUUGGGGGAUAAAACCUGGCAGAACAUUGUGAGGGGAAGGAAAAGGAAGAGGAAAGACAUCGAGAAGCCCUGCCUUCUCGAAGAACUGCUUUAUUUAAACUUGCAAAGGAAUCUGGUAUUUGAAUCAAACACUUGUUAAGAGGAGGAUAGAGUGAUCGUCAAGGAUUAUAUGAUUACAUUUAUACUGUGAUCGUGUUUGAGGACUUCAGAGAGUUGGGCAUUUAAUCAUGGAGGAGAACUACAGCAGCCUCCAGGAGUUCACAGAAGAAAGCCACUCAGCCGGGGGAAACAAACCUAUACUUUAUUCAUUGCACAACGGACAAGCUGAUGAUAUUAAACGAGUGGACUGUAUGAGGAGGCAGACGGUGAUUUUCCUGAUUAUCGCACUGCUCGUUUCAUUUUGUAUAAACAUAGCUUUGACUGUUGUCUUGUUUAAAAGGAAACCCUGCAGUCCCCACAGUGUUGUGUCUACAGAAAGUCCUCUCUCUGAAGCACGUAUUCAGUCUCUGAAACUGUCGUCCCUGGAGGAGCGCUUCUCCCGCCUCUGCUCUGACUACACCACCCUCGGAAAGACCUGUUCAGCACAGGUGAAGCAGUGCAUGCCGUGUCCUGAUGGCUGGAAAUAUACAGAGAACAAGUGCUACUACUUCAGUGAUGACAAACUAGACUGGAUCAGGAGCAGGGAGAGCUGUGCAUCUAUGGACAGCCAUCUAGCAAUACUUCACACGCAUGAGCAACAUCUUGCACUGGAGAAAAUAGCCCGCAGUUUGAGUGGGUUUGAGUAUUAUUACUGGAUCGGUCUGUCAGACAUUGAAGAAGAAGGCGUGUGGAAAUGGGUGGACAACACACCAGUCAAUAACACGUACUGGGAUAAAUGGGACGAAGAGCCUAAUAAUCACCAGUCUGGAGGUCUUCAUGGUGAGGACUGUGCCGUGCUGAAUUCUCACUCUAAAUCCUGGUUUGACGUGCCUUGUGACAACAUCUACAAACACAUCUGUGAGAUGGAUGCCAUCACUGUAAACUGAUUCAUUAUGCCAUUAAAGAUAGAAAUAGUACUCUGAAAAACACUGAUUUUUUUUAGGAGAAUGAUAAUGUUGUGCUGUGUAUACUUCUGAAUGUGUUCUUUUCUACUUUUGUGCUUAUCUUCCAAAAUUGAAUCGAUUUCAUAGAAUUUCAGGUCUUGUGUAAAUAAAGAUUGCGACACUGGCAUUGGGGGACUUUGGACGGAGAUGUUUUUAGCAUUGAAGCAAGUGCUAGAUCAGCCUUUGGGCUUCUCCAAACAACAUGAGAGGAAAAAAAACAACAAUACAAAAACUGCUGGGACGUUGUUUAAAACAUACAGUGGGGCAAAAAAGUAUUUAGUCAGUCACCAAUUGUGCAAGUUCUCCCAAUUAAAAAGAUGAGAGAAGCCUGUAAUUUUCAUCAUAGGUACACUUCAACUAUGAGAGACAAAAUGAGAAAAAAAAUCCAGAAAAUCAUAUUGUCUGAUUUUUAAAGAAUUUAUUUGCAAAUUAUGGUGGAAAAUAAGUAUUUGGUCAAUAACAAAAGUUCAUCUCAGUACUUUGUUAUAUACCCUUUGUUGGCAAUGACAGAGGUCAAACGUUUUCUGUAAGUCUUCACAAGGUUCUCACACACUGUUGCUGGUAUUUUGGCCCAUUCCUCCAUGCAGAUCUCCUCUAGAGCAGUGAUGUUUUGGGGCUGUCAUUGGGCAACACGGACUUUCAACUCCCUCCAAAGAUUUUCUAUGGGGUUGAGAUCUGGAGACUGGCUAGGCCACUCCAGGACCUUGAAAUACUUCUUACGAAGCCACUCCUUCGUUGCCUGGGCGGUGUGUUUGGGAUCACUGUCAUGCUGAAAGACCCAGCCACGUUUCAUCUUCAAUACCCUUGCUGAUGGAAGGAGGUUUUCACUCAAAAUCUCACGAUACAUGGCCCCAUUCAUUCUUUCCUUUACAUGGAUCAGUCGUCCUGGUCCCUUUGCAGAAAAACAGCCCCAAAGCAUGAUGUUUCCACCCCCAUGCUUCACAGUAGGUAUGGUGUUCUUUGGAUGCAACUCAGCAUUCUUUCUCCUCCAAACACGACAAGUUGAGUUUUUACCAAAAAGUUCUAUUUUAGGUUCAUCUGACCAUAUGACAUUCUCCCAAUCUUCUUCUCAAUCAUCCAAAUGCUCUCUAGCAAACUUCAGAUGGGCCUGGACAUGUACUGGCUUAAGCAGGGGGACACGUCUGGCACUGCAGGAUUUGAGUCCCUGGCGGUGUAGUGGGUUACUGAUGGUAGCCUUUGUUACUUUGGUCCCAGCUCUCUGCAGGUCAUUCACUAGGUCCCCCCGUGUGGUUCUGGGAUUUUUGCUCACCGUUCUUGUGAUCAUUUUGACCCCACGGGGUGAGAUCUUGCGUGGAGCCCCAGAUCGAGGGAGAUUAUCAGUGGUCUUGUAUGUCUUCCAUUUUCUAAUAAUUGCUCCCACAGUUGAUUUCUUCACACCAAGCUGCUUACCUAUUGCAGAUUCAGUCUUCCCAGCCUGGUGCAGGUCUACAAUUUUGUUUCUGGUGUCCUUUGACAGCUCUUUGGUCUUGGCCAUAGUGGAGUUUGGAGUGUGACUGUUUGAGGUUGUGGACAGGUGUCUUUUAUACUGAUAACCAGUUCAAACAGGUGCCAUUAAUACAGGUAAUGAGUGGAGGACAGAGGAGCCUCUUAAAGAAGUUACAGGUCUGUGAGAGCCAGAAAUCUUGUUUGUUUGUAGGUGACCAAAUACUUAUUUUACCGAGGAAUUUACCAAUUAAUUCAUUAAAAACCCUACAAUGUGAUUUCCUGGAUUCUUUCCCCCCAUUCUGUCUCUCACAGUUGAGGUAUACCCAUGAUGAAAAUUACAGGCCUCUCUCAUCUUUUUAAGUGGGAGAACUUGCACAACUGGUGGCUGACUAAAUACUUUUUUGCCCCACUGUAAAUAAAAACAGAAUGCGAUAAUUUGCAAAUCAUGGAAACCCUAUAUUUCAUUGAAAAUAGUACAAAGACAACAUAUCAAAUGUUGAAACUGAGAAAUUGUUAUUGUUUUUUGAAAAAUAUACGAUCAUUUUGAAUUUGAUGUCAGCAACACAUUUCAAAAAUGUUGGGACAGGGGCAUGUUUACCUCUGCUUUGAACAACACUCUGGGAACUGAGGAGACCAAUUGCUGUAGUUUUGAAAGAGAAAUAUUGUCCCAUUCUUGCCUGAUAUACAAUUUCAGUUGCUCAACAGUUUGGGGUCUCCUUUGUCAUAUUUUAGGUUUCAUAAUGCACCAAAUGUUUUAAAUGGGAGACAGGUCUGUACUGCAGCAGGCCAGUUUAGCACCCAGAAUCUCUAAUUAAGCCGCCAUGCAGUUGUAAUAAGCAUGAGGAUGUUUUUGAUGGAGGCUGUAAAGCACUUUCCUUAUUUCACUGGAUAAAGACAUCUGUGAAAUGCUGUAAAUGUCAAUCCCUUUUACAGUGUCAAAUAAUUCAUUUUUGUUUUGUUUUAUUGGACUGAAUUUGUUAUCCCUGUCUUUGCCAUAAUCAUAAUUCCAGGUUUGGAACAAAGUACAGAGUAUAAUAUAAACAUUUUGUACAAACUUCAAAGUGUAAAUAUAUAUUAAUUUGUCUUCAGUGUCUGUAGUUUUAGAGAUUAGAGAUUUUUUUUAAUGUAAAUACAUCUUUCAAUAAACCAAUUAAGAUUUCAUGUAAAUCAGAAUCAUAAAAUGUUUAUCCUCCAUGUUGUACAAGAUGUACAAGGAAUUUCCUUUGGUGAGAAUACGAAUAAAAUGGAAAUACAAGGCAGUAUAGUGAUUGUACAAUAAAAGAUCAUCACUCAGCUA